AUGCUUUGCAAUACUACCAAUCAAAAUGUAGGUAAUAAGCGCCAUCUAUUAAAGCAGACGUUCAUAAAUUCUUCAGAUAAACGGUCUACGACUGAAAGCGGAGGAGAAGAGAACACAUCACCACUUCGCUGGUCACCACCAACAUCUGCCGCGCUCGUCGCAGCAGCGCUCGCUCCACCAACCUUGAGACCAUGGCUCCCAGACCCGCCCAGUAAGAAGACCAACCACUUGGGUCUGGUGUGCGUGGUAUGCGGUGAUACUAGUUCGGGCAAGCACUAUGGGAUCCUCGCCUGCAACGGAUGCAGCGGCUUCUUCAAACGGUCUGUUAGAAGAAAGCUUAUUUACAGAUGUCAAGCGGGGACGGGUCGAUGCGUGGUUGACAAAGCUCAUAGGAACCAAUGCCAAGCUUGCAGGUUAAAGAAGUGCUUGGCUAUGGGCAUGAAUAAAGAUGCGGUACAAAACGAGCGUCAACCCAGAAACACGGCCACCAUCCGACCUGAAGCCCUACGAGAUAUGGACCAAGAGAGAGCCCUUAGAGAAGCGGCGGUUGCUGUAGGAGUGUUUGGACCACCUGUAUCGCUCGCAAUGGCACUAUCCCCCGCCCGCUACCCGCUGCUGUCGCCGCACUACGCGCCGCUGCCGCCGCAGCCGCUACCAGACUCUUCGCACGACCACCACGAGAACACACAGUCUGAUAGUGAUGAUGACAGUAUCGACGUAACAAAUGAAGAAGAUUCGACUUCAUAUUCACCACCGAAUGUCACCAGCUACCCCCAGAACUGCAUGCCAUAUGGUCCUCUAGGAGUAGAAAGCGCGGCAGAAACAGCGGCUCGACUUUUAUUCAUGGCGGUCAAAUGGGCCAAGAAUUUGCCUUCCUUCGCUAGUCUGGCUUUUAGAGAUCAGGUAAUAUUACUAGAAGAAGCGUGGUCGGAGUUGUUUCUCUUGAACGCGAUACAAUGGUGCCUGCCUUUGGAUGCCGCUUGUACAGCGCUUUUUGGCAACGAACAAACUGAUCAAGAAAACGGCACUAGUUCAGCCACGUUGCGUCGCUUGCGCGAAGUACUGUCCCGGUAUCGCGCUGUACUAGUCGAUCCGGCUGAGUUCGCGUGUAUGAAGGCUAUUGUGCUUUUUAAGUCUGAAACCCGUGGUCUCAAAGAUCCGCUCCAAAUCGAGAAUUUACAAGACCAAGCUCAAGUAAUGCUCAUGUCCCACUCUAGAACUGCCCACGCGGCAGCACCCGCUAGAUUCGGCAGAUUAUUAUUAUUAUUGCCCCUAUUAAGAUCUGUGCCCCCGGGGCAGUUGGAAAGGGAAUUUUUUGCGAGAACUAUAGGGCAUACUCCUAUGGAAAAAGUGUUGGCUGAUAUGUAUAAGAAUUAAGGCUAUUUCGGAAGAUAACGCCGUAUUUGUGUA